AUGGCUGAACCCACUGCUCUGGACGGAAACCCUCUGGAGCCAAGGCCUCUGGACCCACAGAGCCCAGAGCGCAGGGUGGAAGCAGGGACUCCCAGCAGGGAGCCCUGGGAGCGACGGGGAGGGGGCCACAGCUCCGCCACCUCUUCACGUGCAGACCCACACUCCCCAGCUGCUAGGAUGCAGCACCAUCUGUACAGUGGCCGUGGGUUCGAGACCCACCCGGGUCUCCAAGCACAGUGCCCAGCUUCACGGGGUGUGCUGGCUGAGCUGCACCUUGGCUGUGACUCUGAGAGGCGGCUCCCACGGGCUCAAGGCUGGGAGCUUCGGGGUGCUGCCCUGCAGAGGGACAUCAUGGUGCCCGCUCUGCUGUGGAGUGGGCCCCGUGGUUUGAAGUUAUCUGACAUGGGGGAGUGCGCGCCCGUCCAGCUCUUAGAGCCGCCCCCACGCCCGCCCCCGGCUUCCGGGGGUGCACAGGAGCGAGGCCCGAGGCCAGCAAAGAGCUCGUGGGAGCCGUUCAACCCCUGGGCGACCCCCGAGCCAUUGGCUGAAGCGGUCAGCUUCAAGACGCUGCGGACGGGAGGGGCAUUUUCCCACGUGACAGGGGCCAAGGGGACGCCCCCAGUAGUGAGGGGGAUGGAGGACGUGCGCCCUCGGCGGGGACCCCCUGCAGGUGGCCUGCCCCCGCCACCCCCACCCCGCCUCGCGGGGACCAGGGCGGGCACCCCAGGACCCAGGGGGCACGAGGUGUCGUCAGCUAGCGCUCCAAGUGUGCAGGAAGGCCCCGUGUCUGGGCCGGCCAGACCCUUCCUCGGGCUCCUGGAGGAGGAAGCAGUUUUCCUUGUGGCGCGCCUUGGCUGGCCCGCAGGGCAGGGGGUGCGAGAGGGCCCCGCCCUGGCUUCCCCCCCCCCCAAACCUGCUGCUGCUCCCGGCUCCCGGCCACCCCGGGCCCUGCCCCGCCAAAGCCAGCUCGUCCACACCGGCUCAGCCGAGCCCACCACUGGCCAGCCGGCCCUACUUGGGCCCGUCACCACGACUGGACAUGCCGCAGAGGGUCCACCGGCCCAGUCUGGCUCGGUCAGACCUGCCCUCCAGCUGGCCCUCUGCCUCGGAGAGUGUGGCGUGGCCAUGGCCGCAGGGCCCUCUCCUGCCGGUGCGGGGCCCCCACGCCUGGAGGCCAGACACGGGCCCUCGGCCAGUCCUGCGGAGGCUCGACCAGAAGGCCGACCAGCCCUGUCUCGGAGGGGAGAUGCACACGUGGACCAGGGAUCAGGAGACGGGCACCUCCUCUCCCAGAGGCUGACGCGCCGCCCAGGCCUGGGGGAGGAGCAGGAAGGGCAGGCAGCCCUGGCCCCUGUCGCCAGCAGCUCCUCCCUAGCCCCACAGCAGGGGGACAGGGGCUGGGAAACUGGGGGCUGGUGGGAGACAAGGCCAAGACAAGAGUGCUGGGGCUGGCGGGAGGACCGGCCGGACCGCUGGCUGCCGCUGGCCAAGCUGUGUGAGGGGGCAGAUGGGGCAGGGCCACCUCCUACGGACGGGAGCUGCGGGCCUGAGCUGCCGGCGGUGGCCCCGGACGGGGGCCCCUCCCUGCCGGCACAGCCCCGGGGCCAGCUCCCUCCAGGGGCCUCCUGGGCCUCGUGGGGGCCCCGGGCCGUGGAGGUGACGGAGGCGACGGAGGCGACAGAGGGGAUGGAGUCUGUGGUGACGGAGGCUGUGGAGGUGGGGCCUGGCCAUGCAGGCACCCCCGCGGCCCCUGGACGCCGCCUGCAGCCGUUGGAUGGCAUGGAGGAGCUGCAGGCCUCGCAGGGACCCCGGGUGCUGGACGCCACGCUGCUCCGGCACCUGCAGGGGGAGCGGAGGCUGCGGGAGGCACGGAGCCCCGGGGAGCUGCAGGCCCGGGGGGACGGCCUAGUGCAGCGGGCAGAGGCCAGCCCCCGGUGGGGGCUCCCGCGGCAGCCGGUCCCGGCGGCCCGGAGCUUCGAGGAGGCCCGCCGCGCUCUCCUGGCGCUGCUGCCCCUGGGCCGGCGGCUGCUGGCUGAGCUGUGGCAGGACCAGCUGGGGCCCGAGGGCUGCUCCGGAGCUGCUUGCGGGUAUGCGGCGAGUGGGACGGGCCGGGCGGGCGGUCCUGUGGCCCGGCGGUCAGCCCCACAUUUGGGGACCCCCAGAAAAGUCCCUCCCCGUGCCUUCUACCCCUGCCUCGGGGUGAGGUCCUGUGCUGGCACCUCAGCCCCCAUCCCUGACCCGGCCCUUCCCCCGGCUUUGCUGCAGAGGAUGAAGUGCAGCGGGUCAAGCAGGAGCUGCAGCAGCUCCAGGAGCGUGGGGCUGCCCGGAGAUGGCGCUGCCCGUGCCCCGCAGACGCGGCUGCGUGCCCUGGGGACGGGGUCCUCUGAGCCCUCACCCUGCAAGCCCGGUGGCUCAGCUGGCGCUGGAGGAGGGCAGCCCCUGCACAUGGAGGGCUCAAGAACCGACAGCAGGUGUCCGGGCCACUCGGCGGCCCCAGGGCUGGAGGAGGGACCCUGCCCUGCCCAACCCCUCUGGGCAUGGGGCGGGGGUGGCCGGGGCUGCCGGGCCCACGCCGCUCUGCCCCCCCAGCUGCGUGCCCCGGCUGGCCCAGCGGGCAGAGCAGCUGGAGCGGCUGGCACAGCGCCCCGACCAGGCGGUGCUGCACUCGGUGUCCACUCCGGAAGCACACCUUCCAGCGGGCACCCCGGGACCUGCCAGGGUCGCUGUGGAGAGGAUGCCCGGCCAGGCCCGGGAGGUGGGCUCAGGGGCCCCAGGUGCGCAGGAAGCCAGGGCCCUGAGGUGGGGGUGGCGCAGGGGGUCGUGCCCAAGCCGGGGGCACAGGGUGGUCCUGUCUCUCCUCAGCUGUGUUCCAGGCAGAGGUGGCACCGCUAGGGGGGUGGCAGGCAGAGGCUCAGGA